CUCCCCAGCAUUUUCAGGUAUCCAAAGCAUACCUAAGAAGCUGGGAGUCCGUUGCUUAUUCUAUUGCAACCAUGCAGUCUAAGCACUUUGGUAGCCAGAAACCACGUUGUAAGAUUAUUAUCUAACACCCAACCACGGAAGAAUUUGAAGAUUUCACAAAUUAUGUUUACAUGGAGUCGAAAGGUGCACACUGAACUGGCUUAGCCAAGGUAAUUCCACCGAAAGGAUGGAAAGCCAGCCAGACGUACGAUGAUAUCGAUGACAUCUUAAAAGCCGCUCCCCUCCAGCAGGUGACCACUGGGAAGGCAGGUGUGUUUACUCAACAGCACAAAAAGAAGAAAGCCAUGACCCUGAGCGAGUAUCGCCGCUUAACAAACAGUGAAAGACACCAGACUCCAUUCUACUCUGAUUUUGAGGAUCUGGAGAGAAAAUAUUGGAAAACACGCCUCUAUGGUUCACCAGUAUAUGGUGCGGACGUCAGUGGCUCCUUAUUCGAUAAAAACACGAAGCAGUGGAAACUUGGACACCUGGGAACCAUUCAGGACCUGCUGGAGCGGGAGUGCGGAGUGGUCAUCGAAGGCGUCAACACCCCCUACCUGUACUUCGGCAUGUGGAAGACCGCCUUCGCCUGGCACACGGAGGACAUGGACCUUUACAGCAUCAACUACCUGCACUUCGGGGAGCCCAAGACGUGGUACGCGGUGCCCCCGGAGCACGGCCGGCGCCUGGAACGCCUGGCCAGGGAGCUUUUCCCGGGCAGCUCGCGGGGCUGUGAGGCCUUCCUGAGGCACAAGGUGGCUCUCAUCUCGCCCACGGUCCUCAAGGACAAUGGCAUCCACCCCCCGCGCUGGAUCGAUUAUGGCAAAAACAUAAAUAAAAACUUGGGAGAUUCUUGCUUAUUAAUGAAAGCUAUGAAGUCUAAGUCCAACUGGGCCCGGAACCCAAGUUGUAGCAUAAUGGUAUUUCAUCCAACCAAAGAAGAGUUUAAUAAUUUCAAUAACUACAUUGCUUAUAUGGAAUCCCAUGGUUCACCAGUAUAUGGUGCGGACGUCAGUGGCUCCUUAUUCGAAAGAAACACGAAGCAGUGGAGCCUUGGACACCUGGGAACCAUUCAGGACCUGCUGGAGCGGGAGUGCGGAGUGGUCAUCGAAGGCGUCAACACCCCCUACCUGUACUUCGGCAUGUGGAAGACCGCCUUCGCCUGGCACACGGAGGACAUGGACCUUUACAGCAUCAACUACCUGCACUUCGGGGAGCCCAAGACGUGGUACGCGGUGCCCCCGGAGCACGGCCGGCGCCUGGAACGCCUGGCCAGGGAGCUUUUCCCGGGCAGCUCGCGGGGCUGUGAGGCCUUCCUGCGGCACAAGGUGGCUCUCAUCUCGCCCACGGUCCUCAAGGACAACGGCAUCCCCUUCGGUCGGGUCACUCAGGAGGCUGGAGAGUUCAUAGUCACGUUUCCCUAUGGCUACCACUCUGGCUUCAACCAUGGCUUCAACUGCGCGGAAGCCAUCAAUUUCGCCUCCCCGCGCUGGAUCGAUUACGGCAAAGUGGCCUCGCAGUGCAGCUGCGGGGAGGCCCGGGUCGCCUUCUCCAUGGACGCCUUCGUGCGCAUCCUGCACCCGGAGCGCUACGAGCUGUGGAAACGCGGGCAGGACCGGACCGUGGUGGACCACACGCAGCCCACGGCGCCGGGCAGCCAGGGCCUGAACGCCUGGAGGGAGAUCCGCUCGGCCGGGGGAGCCGCGCUCGUCCCGAGGCACCACCAGCCCCGCCGUGCUCCGCGCCCCCGUGGGCCUGUAGCCGCGGGCGGUGGGACCCGCCCCCGAGUCCCUGAGCCUGCUGUGUCCCGGAGCCCCUUGCCGGCCCGGGGCUCUUGCUCUGCCGCCCAUUUCGGGGUUGCGGCCACCCGCACCUCCAGGGAGCCCGGGCCGACCCAGCCGCCGACCCCAGGUCCAUCCGCCCCGGAUCGCCACCCAGCUGGAAGCUGUGGCCCUCGUCAUUGGCCUUGGGAACAGGGGACUCUGGAGCCAACUGCUCCCCCCAGGGCUAAGAGGAGGCUUUCCUUAGACAUCGCUCAGGACCCAGAGGCUCAGCCCCUGCCUGUGGAUGCACCCUCGCCGGACAACGCUGACCCGCUCAACCCUGGUCUCCAGCAACCCGCCCAGGAUUCUGGGUGUGGUUGUGGCCCUGUCCCCUAA